AUGGUGGGGAUCUUCUCCAGGCUCUACGGCGGAAGGAGCGGCCACCGGAGGACGCAGAGCGCAAUUGUAAGCUCGCCGGCAGUCGGUAUUGAUUGUUGUUGCCUCUCACAAUUCAGUUUCCCCCUCGUGAUUUCGCCGGCAGAUGAUGUUUGAUGUUUGUUCAUGCUGUUAUCCCCGGGGAAGGCCGUAUCGGGCGUGAUUUCUGUUUUUACCUUGAUUUUUUCUCUCUAUAAUCGGAGAUGGAGUCGGUGGAUGGAUCAGGCUGCUUUGCUGGAGCGAGAUUCGUUUGAAUGUAUGUUUGGUUUUGCCAUCGUGUGCUUGUUCUUGUGGGGACUGUGCAGAAUCUUUUGUUGAAUGAUACAUAUCCGGUUUCCUAUAGUUUCUUGUUAAUUUGAUAUAAGAUUUAGUUAAUUCUCGCUUACUUCCGGCAGGAGGUCGGCGCCACCUCGCGGCCAAGCGGCCCGGCAAUUGCUUCCACAUCCGCUGCUUCUGCUAGUUCUCAUGGAAUGGAAAUUUACGUAGAAUUCAAGCCAGUUGAGCAUCCGACGGAGCCCCUCGAUCACGCUCAACCGUUGAAAUGCCCCUUGCCGGAGCCGUCUAUCAUAAAUGUGAGUGCGGCGACAAUUUCUCCGACGUCACUUUCACGUUCUAUAUGAUUUCCUAUUGGAAUUCUGCAAACCGUUGCUUAAUUUCCUGUUCGGAUAUGUAUGAUUAUCUAUGAUGAAUCAAUUGAAAAAGACAAUAAUAAUGAUCCUAAUUAGGUUCCUCUGAGCUUUUCCCCCCGUAGUCCUCUGCCCAGGCUACUAUGAUAUUCUAGCUGUAAAUCAGAUCUCGUUUGAACACUUUUAACAAAGGAGAGAUUAGUGACGUGCCGUGCCACGUUGCUAAUGGAUUACAUCCCAAGAAAAUUUCUAUAUUAUCCGAGUUUUUUUUUUUUAUACAUCUUCUUGGGAGAAAAAGUGCAAACCAGUAUACAACCCAGAACCUGAUGGACAAACAGUUGAUCUUCCGAUUCAAUGAUGCUGGUGAAUAAUACCCAAUGCUUUGAUCUGGCUUGGAGUCUGAACCUGCAGCAUUUCUGGGACUAGCUGUUGCUUCAAUUCAUUGAAACUCGUGAGAAUCUUUGAAUGCCUGAAGGUCCUCUCCAGUGCGAAUAUUUUAUAAAACAUAUGGACCGCAGUUUACAUCUUUAAUUUUCAAUUUACGCCUUUAAAAAAAAUAUAUUCUAGCUGGUCAUUUUUUGCAUCAUGAUUCUGAACACCGAAGCAAUCUCAUCCCAGUUCCUGCCAAACUCACUGAUGAGAUUCUCGGCAAUAAGAAGCCAAUUCAACGUUUUCUUGUCUUCUGUUUUUCUCCAAUAAUCAAAUUCAACGCAGAAAAUUGCCACUUUUGGGCAUUCUCCAGCAUUAUAAGCUGCUUUGCCACAGACGAAGGGGAACAAGAUUCAUAAGCCCCGGCCCAUUAACACCCAUAUCUUGCUCUCUCUCAUCACUGGUCAGCUUCCAUAUUAGCCCAUGGAUGCUUUUUCAUGGAGUUUUAUCUCAGGAUGGAAGAAUAUGGAAAGAACGGAUGUCGGCGAAUGCACAAGCGAGGACUGAUAUUCUGCCCAUCAUGAAGGAGAGCUCGAGCCUUGAAUCGGAGGCAUCCAGGUUGAGGGCUAAACAUCUCAUCCUCCCUUCCUUCAGCGCCCCAGAACACAAGAUUCUGAAUCUCCUGGAAGAGUGUAAUAACCCUGCCUGA